CCAUCAGGUGUUUCUGGUUCUGUCGGGCUUCAUCGAUUGAUAGAAUCACUGAAACACAUGUUUGCUGUAAGAAUGAAUUUAGGGGACCCUGACUUUGUGAAUGUUUCAGAAGUUCUUUCUGAUAUGCUAUCCCCUAAGUUUGCACAUGAGCUGAAGAAGACCAUAUUGGAUAAUAUGACAUUUACUCCUGAUCACUAUGGCGGAAAGUGGAAUGUACUGAGCGAUCAUGGAACUAGUCACUUAUGCAUUGUUGAUAGCGAACGAAAUGCCAUUUCAAUGACCAGCACUGUUAAUUCAUACUUUGGAGCACAGAUUCUAUCACUAAGUACUGGCAUUUUGCUUAACAAUGAAAUGGAUGAUUUUUCUAUUCCUAUGAAUUUUACUGCAAAUGUUCCUCCUCCUGCUCCAGCAAACUUCAUCAGACCAUUUAAAAGGCCAUUA